AGCGCUAACAACAGAACGAAACGAAGAGGAGGUAUGAUCGCUCGAAUCGACGGAAGACAUCGCGAAACGGGUAAAUAACAUCGCAUUUACCCUGUCCCGGAAACGUCCAUUGAGUGAAACGAAGGUGCGCGCAAACGCUGGCUGCUCCACGGAAUAUGUAUGUGACGGAGGUGGGCGAGGGCCGUGCGAAAAAGUGGCGAAAACUGUGAGAGAGGUGCAGUGCCUCCACGUCGGUGGCAGUGGCGGUGUUGGUAGUAGUGGUGCUGGUGGUGUGGUGGUCGUGGCGGUGGUGGUGGCGGCGGUGUGGCGUUGCUGGUGCUACUUCGGUGUAUAUGCGCGCGUGUAUUGGUGGGACACGCACUUCGGCGGGGCCGUGGUUCUCGCUCUCUCUCCUGUUACGUCUCAUUCCCUCUUUCUCUCGAACCCCUCUAUUCACCGCGACUAUCCUCUUUGUCGCCCUCACGGAGGCCAUCGUACCGAAAGCGACCGAGCCAGGCCAGGCACUACGCAAGAUGGCUGUGUGUCGCUAACGAGAGGCCGACAAACCAGACGGGGAAAAGACAACCCGGGGAUAAACGGAACAUGCUGCUACGUGAUCGUCGGGCCCGUCCCUGAACAGAGAGACACUGGCCAAGAAGCGAGAGCUACUCGGAGUGUCAACGCGCAGAAACCUGAUAUUCGGUAGAUGCCUUUUGAGAGCCGCUGGCCCGAAUCAGCGUGGAACCAUACAAAGGCACAUGGAAUGUGUGACAUGUUCAUCCAAACACAGCAGACGAGUAGCGUCAACGGCAGCAGCAGCAGCAGCAGCAGCAGCAGUAACAACACCGUUCACCACCACAGCAAGAAACGCAAGUUGGAGUACAACGUGAGUCAGCCGGUGAUCCAACACGCAUUGGUCCAAUCGACCGGCGACUACCAAUUAGACAAUACCGGUCUGCAACAACGGUACUCCGUGAACGGUGCUAAUACCGCAUUUAGCUCGCUGCACAACAAUAAUGCGCUGCAGAAGAGUAGCCCGAACCAACAGACCCUGGUACGAGCCUCGACGAUCAAGCUCUUAGACACGUACCAACGCUGUGGCCAGAAGAGAAAAACUUGGUCGAGGGAGGGUAAUGGUGACGGCCUGGCAGUCCACUCCGCCAACGCGACGAACGCAGUGGGUAGUACUGUAGUGUCGCAGCACCACACUCAACAGCAACAGCAGCUGCAACAACAACAGCAGCAGCAGCAACAACAACACAAGCAGACAGGCAUGACGGCACAUAGCAAGCAAGUGACCAACGCUGCCAAUGGAGGCGGUGGCAGCAAUCCUCAAGGAGACGGAGAUUACCAGUUGGUACAACACGAGGUUCUCUAUUCUAUGACUAAUCAGUAUGAAGUCCUCGAGUUUUUGGGCAGAGGUACUUUUGGACAGGUCGUAAAAUGCUGGAAAAAGGGAACCAACGAGAUAGUAGCCAUCAAAAUUUUGAAGAACCAUCCAUCAUAUGCGCGCCAAGGGCAAAUUGAGGUCUCCAUCCUGUCUCGACUUAGUCAGGAAAAUGCGGAUGAGUUCAACUUUGUGCGCGCUUAUGAGUGCUUCCAGCACAAAUCCCAUACCUGCUUGGUCUUUGAGAUGCUAGAACAGAAUCUGUAUGAUUUCCUGAAACAGAAUAAAUUUUCGCCUCUACCGCUCAAAUACAUCAGACCGAUUCUCCAACAAGUACUCACCGCUCUUUUAAAACUUAAGCAAUUGGGGUUGAUUCACGCCGAUCUUAAGCCAGAAAAUAUUAUGUUGGUGGAUCCAGUACGUCAGCCUUAUCGUGUUAAAGUUAUUGAUUUUGGGUCAGCCUCUCAUGUGUCUAAAGCUGUCUGCAACACUUAUUUGCAAUCGCGAUACUACCGUGCACCUGAAAUUAUACUUGGACUUCCAUAUUGUGAAGCAAUAGAUAUGUGGUCGCUCGGCUGUGUGGUUGCGGAAUUAUUUCUAGGGUGGCCUUUGUACCCUGGUAGCUCGGAAUAUGAUCAGAUUCGAUAUAUAAGUCAGACACAAGGUGUACCAACGGAACACAUGUUAAACAAUGCCAGCAAAACAACAAAAUUCUUUUACAGAGACAUGGACAGUACGUAUCCAUUUUGGCGAUUAAAAACACCGGAAGAACACGAGGCUGAAACUGGUAUUAAAUCUAAAGAAGCAAGAAAGUAUAUUUUUAAUUGUCUUGAUGAUAUUGGCCAAGUUAAUGUUCCGACCGAUUUGGAGGGUGGUCAACUUUUGGCAGAAAAAGCAGACCGAAGAGAGUUCAUAGACCUCUUGAAGAGGAUGCUCACGAUGGACCAGGAGCGCCGUAUAACACCCGGGGAGGCUCUGAACCAUGCCUUUGUUACGCUGGCUCACUUAGUCGAUUACGCGCAUUGUAACAAUGUCAAGGCUUCCGUCCAAAUGAUGGAGGUUUGCCGACGAGCCGGUGAUUUCACUGCAAGUCCAGCGCAUCACCAAGCUCCGCCAGCACCUCAACCACCUCCACCAACGUCAUUGGUAGCUAAUUUCGUGCCGACGACGAAUGGUAGUGCCGUAACUUUCACCUUCAAUAACCAGUUGACCAAUCAAGUACAACGAUUGGUUAGGGAACAUCGCACUGCACAAACAGGAUAUGACAAUCUGUAUCAAAUAUACAGUAACAGUAGUCGUCGUGCGACUCAGUACAGUAGCUCGUCUAGUGGAUCAAAUAGCGGACGAAGUGGAGUACAUGACUUUCCGCAUCAAUUGGUACCCGGUCUACUUUGUCACCCACCCAGUUAUCAAACGAUGCCGAGUCCUGCAAAACACGUAGUUGUUGCUCAACCUCCACAAGCGCAACAAGCUCCGCUACAAAUUCAACCAUCGAUUAUAUCGCAGCAGGCUGUUGCUGCCGCAGCUGCAGCUGCUCAACAACAGUAUGCCGCGGUACCCGUAUCUAUGGUAGAAACUGGACGACAAAUGUUAUUGACUAAUGCUGUACAAACCUCUUGGCCUGGUGGAAGUCGUCAAAUGGCUGCUAUCGUACCAUCUUGGCAGCAAUUGCCACCGCAACAUGCAGCGAUACAGCAACCAUUAUUGAGCGAUGCCGGGGAUUGGGGAAGACCUCUUAUUGUAGAUAGUUCUGCCAUUCUGCAGGAUCAGCGGCCAGUAUUUCCUGUCACAGAAGUUUACAAUACUAGUGCCCUUGUUGAACAUCCUCCUCAAGCUUGGGCAAAACGUAGUGUGACGAAGCAUCAUCAACAUCACGUGACGGUACCUCAACAGUCUCAGCAUAGGCACGAGCAUAAGAAAGAAACGCAGCAAUUAAGUCCGGUGAAAAAGAGGGUAAAAGAAAGUACACCUCCGAGCAACAUGAGACGGCAUUCACCUUCGAGCAGUCAUUGGCAGCAACAACCCAUGCAACAACAUCAUCAUAGCAGUAAACACAGCAGUAGUCAUAACGUAGAACACCAUCAAGUUACGUCUGGCCGGCAGCAAACUAUUACAAUUCAUGAUACCCCAUCACCAGCAGUUUCUGUUAUCACAAUUAGCGAUAGUGAAGACGAAACGCCGGGCAAAUGCUGUGGAGAUCGGCAAUGCGGAGCCUGUCAAAAUUUGGCAACUCGCCUGUCUGGCGAUGGACGUCCAGUUCGCGAGGAAGUCAUUCGAAGCACGCAGUCAACACCACGCGUGGUCCAGCCUAUGCAACAAACUCAUUCGAGUAGUCAAUCGCACACUAAUGGACACGCAACAGCACACAGUACGUCUCAGAGGUCGCAACGAAAAAAUAUUAUCAGUUGUGUAACUGUUGGUGAUAGCGAUGGCGAAGCUAGUCCGGGUCGAGCACAUAAUCAUCUAUAUCAACAUUUACCGCAACAUCCUCAACAUCAGCAAACUACGCAGCUAAUUAAACACGAACCUCAACAACAACAUCACGUCAGCAGUAGUAGCUCUGGAUAUUCUUCUCAAUCGCAAAAGAAACGUUUGUUGGCCAAAGUACAAUCCGAAUGCAAUAUGGUGAAUGUUGCGACGAAACCGGAGCCCGGUGUUGAGUACCUUGCACCACAUCCGUGUCACGCGCCAGCCUGUAAAGAGCCACCGACCUAUCAGGAUGAUGCCUAUGACAUGCAUGACUACUUCUUGCAGUAUGUGACCACGAGUAGCGCGCAUCCCCACCUUCAAGAGCAGCAUAUUGUGUAUACGACCGGCACGGACAAGCGGGUAUCAUGGCCUGGAAAGAGAGCUGAAUACAAACACGAGUACGUUCAACCACCGGCUGCUCAUUCCAGAGACCACCAGAAAUGGGCAGUGGCGAAUACUGUGCAUCAGUAUAGGCAGAGCCAGGUGGUGGGUUCGGCAGCCCAUCCGGGUCAUACCCACAGUCAUCAUGGGCAUCCGGCCCACCUCAGUCCUGGGGGCGGUGGCGGGGGUAGAAGUCCUGCAGGGGGGCCUGUAAUAGGAAGUGCCCAACAUCUGGGACAGCCCCUGUACCAGGAGUACGCUCACGUACGUUCAAGAGCCCAUGCCGUGCCACCCCCGGUAUACGUUACCGCCGCGCCUUCUCAGGCUCCCACUGCUAUCCAGCAGCAACAAGUGCCCACCUAUCAGGGAUUCACACCCGGGUGGGUACCUAGACACCUAGUUGAUGCAUGCAUCUCGUCUCCAUUAACGUUGUAUGAUUCUAGUCGAGCGUUGCCACCACCAGCUCAUCACAGCUCGGCCAGACCGUUACUGGCAAGUCAUGCAGCGCAUCCACUGCCUGCACAUAUGCAGCCAACAGCCGUUUACGGAUUGGCCCCGCUUUCACCGGCCAAACAUCAAUAUCAACCUUCUAGUUUGUGGUUCACCGAGUAAAUUAUUCCUCUGUCUGGUUUCAGAAGAAAAAUCAAACGGCGCGCGAGCACUGGCUUUCGCCGCAUUAUCUUUACUUUUUUUUUUUUUUUUUUUUUCUUUUUCUUUUUUUUCUUUUUCUUUUUAAGAAAUUUUACAAGAUCGAAAGGUUACUGAUCGCACUACGAUGAUCGAAUAAAGGGAAAAAGAGAACUCAUCAUAUUUGUCGCAUUCAUUCCUCGCAAACGUGUUUUUUUUUUUACUAGCAAACGAAGGGGAUUUUUCGCGAUACUAUUAUCAACUUAUUGUAAACGCAAAAUAAAACAUUAAGCUUGUAUCGUCACGAAAAAGAAAUUCAUUGACUGAAAAGACUCGACGGAGUCUCGAGACAAGAUCGUUGAAGUUCUUCUUCAACUUAACUUUUAGACAAUCCGUCCUUAAACAGCGAUCGCCCCCUUCAAACUGCCUGUCUGUGCUAUUAUAAAAAAGAAGAAGAAGAAGAAGAAAAAAAUGGAGAAUUAUCCAUGAUUUCGAUGUGAAAAAAGAAAUAUAUAUAUAUAUGUAUAUAUAUAUAUAUAUAUGGAUCCGAAAGUCGAUAGACUGAUCGCGUUUGCGUCGCGUCCUAAUGCUUUCAUUAGCGUAUUUGUCGUACGUAUCCAUUGUGAAACGUUGUUGUCUUUUUCCUUUUGUUCGGUAAAUCGUAAAUAUUUGAACGAAAAAGCAAAUGAAAGUAAAAAAAAAAAAAAAAAAAAGAAGAAAAAAGGAAGAGUAGAAAAAAAUAAGAUAAAAGAGAGAAAGGUUUUUGAUGCUUCUCAAUUGCGCAAUUGUUUCCUCAGUGAACCAUUGCUUUCAUGAUUUAUAUUUGUAUUAUUUUUCCAAAUAUUAUUUGGUGAAUAUGAUCGAUAUACAAUUUUGUUCGGCUUAGACGGCGCAUAUGUUAUAUACCUGGCAGUAUAUAUAUAUUAUAUACUUGAUGUGUUUUGUAUAUUUUUGACGAAAAAAAAAAAAAAAAAAAAAAUUUUGCCGCGCCAAAAAAAAAAAAAAAUUACGUAGAUGUAUAAACGAAAAAAAGACCAAGCGAUUUUGUCAUGAAUAUUUGAAUUUGUAUUGUUUCAAAUUAUGCGCGGUUUAAGUAGAUAAAAACCAUCGAUAUCGGUGAUUUGGUGAAAAAAAAAAAAAAAAAAAAAAAAAAUUGGGCUACUUUAGUCUACAACAAUUAGCAAGUUAUCUUUCUAUCGAAGUUCAGCGUUAACGGGAAAUAAAUUUUGCAUUUCUUUUAUGGUAUGAUAUAUAUCAUACACAUAUUAUAUAUUUUUAAUGAUGCUCGUUAAAAAAGGAUAAUCUUAGCGCGGCAAUUAGUUGAUAGAAUUUCAACAACAACAGAUUUUUGUUAUUGAGACGCUGUUACUGACAACGCUUCAAUAUAUAAUACUAAGCGUUCUCUUUCAAACGGGCGAAUUGAUGUCGAUGAAGAAUCCCGUUCUAUAGUCGCGAGGGAGUUGAUCAAUUACACGCAUACACACAUCAUACACAACACAUUGAUUCGUUGUAAUAAAAUGUGUUCCAAGUUUUAUUUGUUGUCUCAAUAGGAGUGGCUGGUGGUAUUUCCGCAUACAUCCUUCUGUGGAUGUUGCUGCACAUGAAAGUGUGUGUUUGGGUUUAGAAUCGAAUUCUUCUAUUUUGAUUAACAAACAUGUUACGAAUAUAUUUAAUCGCACGAUUAAUUUGUAUUUGACAAAAGCUGUGCCUUCUCGCAGCAGCCUCACUAUUUAUUUUUACUUUACGUAAUUACUCUUAUUCUCCUCAUUAUAAUUAUUACUAUUACUAUUACUAUUACUACUACUAUUACUACUUCUACUAUUACUACUACUACUACUACUACUAGUACUAUUACUACUACUAUUACUACUACUACUACUUAUUAUUAUUGCGAUUAGGCAUCACUGAUUUUAAGAUAAUUACAUUAGCAGUUUUCUUCGUAGAUAUCCCCCGUUUACAAUAGAAUUGAAUUAGAUUCGUUGAAUUGAGAUUUCUUGCUCUUACAACAUUUUUUUUUUUUUUUUUCAACGUUGAACGAUUCUCGUACAAUAAAUUUCACACACUUUUUCUUUUCAUCGACACCUUUGUUUCACCUGUUACGUUUCAACGUUUUGCAUUUCAUUAGGGGUUUAUAUAUUUUAAGAAUGUACCUAUCGAGUACAUUGCACAAAUAUACGGUACACAAUAAUUAUGAAUGGACAACAACAAAGGGAUGUGUGUACGAUAAUAAUCGCGAAAUUGUAAAAUUUGAGGGAAGGAGGGAAGAGGAUUGAGGAUUGAUGUGUGAUUCAAUCUUUUCAAGACUUAAUUCGUCGAAAAAAGACGAACGUUCGUUGCAAGUAUUCGCUUACAAUGUCGGAUUGCACACAUUUUUUUUCUUUAACGUACACUCGAUUCUUUCUAUCAGCGAUCAGCGUGUCAAUGGUGCAACUUUUUUUUUUUUUUUUUUUUUUUUUUUUUUUUUUUUUCUCCUCUCCCCUCGAAUCGAAUCAUGUUCUUCCUUGUCGCACUUCUUCACGUCAGGAUUCAUAAAGGAAGCAAUUUCUAUCUUCUUAAUGGGAAAAAAAAAAAAAUAUUGAUUGCAAUUCUCCGCAUUCGAUGUACAUGUGCAUGCCCAAAUGUCGAUUUGUACAUAUAAUUAAUCGCGAGUGGCUCUCUUCCUACAUUUUAACGUUGAAACAGCUGUAAGGAUGGAUUUGCACACUCAUCAUUUUACGACUCGCGAAAUACUUUUAACAAAAAAAAAAAAAAAAAAAAAAAUAUGAUUUUUCUGCGUGCUGACGUAUUAUAUCUCGUGGUUUUUAACGGAAUGACGCUUAGGCAUUGUUUUGCUAAUUAUUUUAUAUACAUAGCUGUAUGAUAACGUAUGGAAUAUUAGCUGUGGUAUGUUGAUUGUAGAGUGAACCAUGUCCAGAGUUUAAUUAGAAGUAUUUUACACUUAGAGCGAAAAUGUUGAAUGAACAAGUGAAGAUGAAUAAACGAUCGUGGUUAGCGUGAUUGAUAGAGAGAAAGAGGAAGAGAACGAGAGCGAGCGCGAGAGCGAGAGCGAGCGAGCGAGCGAAAGAGAGAGAGAGAGAGAGAGAGAGAGAGAACGAUAGAAUGAUAGAAUUUUUAGAUAUGUUACCUACAUCGUAAAGAAAUUUUUCAAUUUCCUAAAAAAAAAAAAAAAAAAAAUUAACACAAUGCAAAACUGCUAAUUCGAUAAUUAAUUCCAAUUCGACAGACAGACGAUGGAUAAUUUUACAACAUAAUCAAAAAGACACUUAUUACGAAGGUUCGGAAUAACAAUAUUCCCUAAUUUAUUCUCGCGAAAUAUUUAAAUAUCCGUUCGAUUUAAUUUUUUAAACAAUUUUCAAAUUUAUGCAGCACGUUAUAAUGAAUGCAAAUUGGCUUUAUCCGUAUCUUUAUUUACACGCAUUAUUAUAUCGAUGUAAAAUUAAAGAGGAAAAAAAAAAAAAAAGUCAUGUAACCAAGUCGAUGUGCCUGUUUAACGAUUAAUCAUAAUUUACAUUUAUAUUUACUGCAAAUACUUGAGUAUAGUAGACUCACAGAAACGUGUAUAGUGAAAGUUGCAGUAAACGAAGGAAAACAAAAAAAAAAAAAAAAAAAAAAGAAAAAAAAACAAAGUUACAAUCAGCUUGUAAGUGUUACGUAUUGUAUCGAUCAUACGGUACGAAUUAUACAAUUAUAAUUAUUAUACAAACACGUUUGCGCGCCUACAUGUAUAUAUGUAUGCUUCCAUAUAAACCGUAGAAAUUGUAUCGCA